AUGUCGAAUACUAAUGUCACAAAGAUCUGGAAAGAAGUAACACAGCUCCUUCGAUCUGACGGUGACUCAAACGUACUUCGAUUCUAUGGUUGUGAGAAUGAUGAUCAUACCGUAUACUUGUGCAUGGAAUCUUGGCAAUGGAGCUUAAAGGAUUUAGUAAAAGGAUUGUGGAGUCUAGCGGAGAAGGCUUUAUUGGAGAAAGUUAAAGUGGUGGACCGGUUAUCACCUCUUGUGGGAUUUUUUUAA